AUGAGUGAAGAAAAACAGAUAGACAAAGCAGGCAAAAGCGACGGACUCGGUCCCUCUUCUGAAAAGACGCCAGUUACAGUCGAGAAGGGUGACCAUCACCUUGUUUGCGAUGCAGGAGGUUCACCAAAUGGGACUAAAGUCCACCCACAGCCGACCAAUGACCCAUUGGAUCCAUUAAAUUGGCCAAAGAUGCAGAAACAUGUUAUACUGGCAAUUGUAAUGCUCAAAUAUUUCCUCUUCACGUACCUCACAACGACAACAGUACCUUCAUUCCCUGAAAUCCAAGAUCAGUAUCAGAUCAGUUAUUCACAAGUGAAUUGGACUGUCGCUAUACCUGCCCUCGGUCUAUCCGUUGGGCCUCUUAUAUGGUCAUCUCUGAGUGACAUUUAUGGUCGUCGUCUCAUCUUCCUAGUUGGAACCACUAUUGCUUUGGUUUCGACCAUUGGAGCAGCUGUCGCUGAUAACUAUUCUGGAUACAUGGCUGCCCGAUUUUUCCAGGGCUUUGGUGUUAGUCCUGCCUCAACUGUUGGGAUGGCUGUUGUGAACGAUCUAUUCUUUGACUACGAGCGAGGCCAGAAGCUUGGAUUAUGGGUUUUGGCGAUAGAUUCUGGACUACUUCUCGGACCGACCCUGGGUGGCUUCCUAGAUCUAGUAAGCGCAGCAUGGAUUAACUGGUUCAACGCAAUCCUAUUUGCCGUGCUGUUGGUACUGGAAUUGUUCUUCAUGCCAGAGACGCUUUAUCCUCGACAGAGAAUGCUCCUCCAUCAAGGGAGUACGAUUACGAGCAAUCCCACCCUUACAGAGAAGCAGGGAAUCCUGGGGCCGGAGUCAACCACUGAAGUGAUGUUCUCCGAAGACUUGAAUUCGGACCUGCGUCGAACGAAACGUCUACCUUUCAUCAACUUGCGACCAGUUCCCGGCAUGCGGCAUCCUAAGCCGUGGGACUCGAUCACCCGCUUUUUCAUCACCUUCAUGUUCCCUACAGUCUCUAUCGCAGUCAUCGGAUAUUCUUUCGUUUGGUACUGGUGGGUUCUAUCCGUCAUCACCAUGGUACCAGCCGCGUAUGCAAGCUAUACGCCGCUCAUACAAGGACUCUUAUUCCUUGGCUUGCUUCUGGGUACUGUAAUCUCAGAGAUAUUCUGCUCUGGGCGAUUGAGUGAUUACAUCGUUGAGAAGCUUGCGAAAAAACGGGGUAAUGUUCGCGUUGCGGAAAUGCGGUUGUGGCUGGCAUAUCCCGCUCUUGUGAUUACAGCAGUGGGCUCAAUACUGUGGGGCAGCAGUGUUGAUAAAGAGUACCACUGGAUGGUUGGACAGGUUGCAUUUUUCUUGUUUGCGGCUGGAAUUCAGAUUGGCAAUACUGUUACCACCAGUUAUAUUGUCGACUGCUAUCCUUUGCAAUCCACGAGUGUCAUCACAUUUUAUGCCGUUUUUCUCAAUCUGAGUGCAUUUAUAAAUCCGUUCUUCAUUGCACCUUGGCAAGCCUCAUCUGGUUGGACCUGGACAUUUACCUCGCAAGGCUUGAUCGUUCUGUUUGGAGGCGCCUUGCUCUUUGGGGGUCUCCACAAGUAUGGAGGGUUAAUGAGGAGUAACGGGUCGCAGCCAACCUGGGUUAACCCCGAAUAUGAUACAGUCGUUGAAGUUUCAGCCGAGUGA